GAAAGAAAAAGAAAAAAUAUUGUAGAGUAGUAGUAGAAGAAGAAGACUCACAUACAAGCGUCAUUCUUCUCUCUCGUCUGUGGAUUUUAUUGUAAUCUUUCAACAAAAAAACAUAAAUUGAUUUUAUAUUACGCGUCAAGGAAAUUCCGACUGCCCCAUAUCUUUUGAUCUCUUCAAUCAAAGUAUUCAUCAGUGUUAAACAGUAGAAUGUGUAAGGAAAUGUGCACAUAAUGGCGGCAGCAGAAACUAGGGCAGCAUGGCAGCGCACAGCUAAUCGUUGCAUGGUCCAAGAAGAUGCUAAGAGAGCACCAAAACUAGGUUGCUGCUCUUCUUCUUCUGAAUCACAGGCUGAUGCGGGUUCUGGUGACACAUCAAAUGGUUCAGAUCAUUCUAAUGCUGGUUUUAUGCAUCUGAACUGGAACUUGUCGAAUUCAAAUCUUCCUCCUGAUACAAAAUGGUGGCUGCAGCUACAACCCAACUAUGGGAACCAAAAGGAUUUCGCCGGUGAACAGCUAAGUUCCUUAGAUGAGCUCGAGUCUUCAAGAACUGAGGAGGUGAACACCACCAAAUAUAUAGGAGAUCCCCCUAUAAUCGAAGAAAAUAAGAGACACAUAAAUCCACACUGGAGGGUAUCUACGACUUGCAUGAAAAAUGACGCAGAAGCUAAAAAUCAAGAGCUUAAAGCUGUAAAUAGUAACAGCACACAAAAGCCUCUGAAACGUAAAGAUGCUGGUGACUUCUGGUACAAGGAUGAUGAGUUAGUGGACUUGGACUCAAUUGAUCAGUUAAUACUGAAACAAAAUUUUGACUUUGAAACUCCUUGGAUAGGAGGUGGAAAGUCUGAGCCUUGGUGGCGCACAGUGGAUAAAGACGAAUUGGCUUCUUUGGUUGCCCUAAAAUCUACGGAGCACGUUGAAAAUUGCGAUCUCCCUCCACCACAGAGCACGAAAGUAAGGAGAGGCCCAUUUAGUGGUCUUGAAAACUUUGAUCAUGGUGGGAUCUUUUCUUCAUCUUUGGAUCUGAAGGGAAGCAAAACUGUUCGCAAUGGUAGUCCCACAUGUGGCUUUGGUGGAAAAGGGCACUCACUUUACAAUUCAGAGAAGUCUUUCAGUUACAGUAGUACCAACAGCAAUAGUAACACCAGCAAGGAUUCAGCAGAAUUGCAUCGAACCUCUGAGAGCGAACCAAGCAAGGCAGAGUUGUUAGAGGCACUUCGUCAUUCCCAAACACGGGCAAGAGAAGCUGAGAAGGCAGCCCAGCAAGCUUACCAUGAGAAGGAAGACAUCGUCAAGCUUUUCUUUAAACAAGCUUCACAUCUCUUUGCAUACAAACAAUGGCUUCAACUGCUACAGUUGGAAAACAUUUGCCUCCAGCUCAAGAACAAAGACCAGCCGAUUUUUCCAAUGGACCUUCCAUGGAUGCCAAACAUAGGGAGGCAAGGAAAGAAGGAUAAACAAAGGCCCAAGAAGGGCAAGAGGAACCCACUGAAAUACAUUGGUAGAUAUGCUUUUGCUUUCGCUGUGGGGUUGGGUCUUGCCGGUGCAGGCUUGCUACUAGGAUGGACCAUGGGAUGGUUGCUACCGAUAUUUUAAACCGGUGCAGGGUUACUAUGGAGUAUGGAUUUUAUAAAUGGGUGCAGUGCAGCUACUGACAAACCAUUAUUCUAGUCUGGUAGCAUUGGCACAUGGUUGCUCCAGCUGCUGCAUUGCAGUAAUUUUACGCUAUGGGUGCAGCGUUGCUCCUGGCACACCAUAGUUGUAGUUUAGUCAUAGUAACAGGUGUGGGGUCUUGGCCAACAGGAAGUGCUUCUCAAAGGUGAAGAUUAAGUAAUUCCAAAACAAAGAUGGUUUUUCAUUCCAUCAUGACUGGUGUCUGGAAGUUCUCACAUGUUUGUGUAGAUUAAAAAAAAACGGUUCCUAUGCAUGAAUUUUAUGUACAAAUGUAAAUGUGUAUAUAUGGGGCAACUGUAACAUACUUCAAAACAGAACAAUCUCUUUAGUUGUGGGUGCCUACUGUGAUGUUAUUUUUGGUGCUGUUCGAACCGGUGGGGAUUCUAAAUGAAAAUUUAUUUGCGUGCUAACUGAUGAUGUUUACUGUAAGAAAUGGUGGUAUCUGGAAACUUGGUCUC